UUGUAGUAUUAAAAAUUAAAAUGGAGAGUUCCACCAAAAGACUAAGAAUCUUAAGGUCUCAUUUAUCGGCCUGAAACACCACAGCUGGCCUCAUGGUAGCUUCUGAUAAGAGUCCUGAGGAUGUGGUAGUCGUCAGUUUUGCAAGAACAGCAUUGUGCAAGGCUACUAAGGGAUCUUUUAAGGAUACAGCAGUCGAGCUCAUGCUCUCUCAUGUAUUGAAAUCAGUUGUUACUGAAAGUGGAGUUGAUCCUAAAGAGAUUGAGGAUAUCACUGUUGGUAACUGUCUCCAACCAGGUGCAGGAGCAACAACUUCCAGAAUGGCUCAAUUCCUUGCAGGAAUUCCAGAAACAACUGCUUUAUGUGCUAUUAACAGACAAUGCUCAUCUGGACUCCAAGCAGUUAUGUCAAUUGCAAAUGCUAUCAGAGCUGGUCAAAUUGAUAUUGGUAUUGGAGCUGGUGUAGAAAGUAUGUCUCACUUUGACUUCAGCACUGCUUUCAAUCCUCCCCACCUCAGUAAGCAAGUAGCCACUUGUAAGGAUGCUAAAAAUUGACAAAUCCCAAUGGGAAUAACUUCUGAGAACGUUGCUGAGAGAUUCAGCGUGUCUAGAGAAGAGCAGGAUGCUUUUGCUGCAAGCAGCCAGGCUAAAGCUGUUGCUGCUCAAGAAAAUGGAGAUCUUCAAAAGGAAAUCACUCCAUUGGAAGUAACUGUGUAUGACAAGGAAGGUAAUGAGAAGACUCUUACCGCUGGGAAAGAUGAAGGUGUUAGAAAAACUAAUGCAGAGAAGCUUGGAAAAUUGAAACCUGUUUUCAAGAAAGGUGGUUCCACCACUGCUGGAAACUCCUCUCAAUUGACAGACGGAGCAGCUGCAGUUCUUCUAGCCAAAAGAUCUACAGCUGAAAAACUAGGCCUACCAAUCAAGGGAAGAGUUCUGGGAUAUUCAGUAGUUGGAGUAGACCCAGAAAUCAUGGGUAUCGGACCAGCUGUUGCUAUUCCAAAGGCUUUAAAGAAGUCAGGUCUUGAUAUUCAUGACAUUGAUGUUUACGAGAUCAACGAAGCCUUUGCUAGUCAAGCUCUUUACAGCGUCAAGCAACUUGGCAUCCCUGAAGAGAAAGUAAACCCAAGAGGUGGUGCUAUUGCCCUCGGUCAUCCUCUGGGUGCUACAGGCGCCAGACAGAUUGUCACUCUUUUCAACGAGCUCGAAAAAAUAGAUAAGAAGUAUGGAGUCGUCUCCAUGUGUAUCGGAACAGGAAUGGGAGCAGCUGGAGUAUUUGAAAGAGAAUAG